AUGAAUAAAUUUAGGGCAUUAGUUUUAAUUAUUAUAAUUAUUUUUUAUAGUAACUCGGUAUUAUCUGAACAUAAAUAUAAUCAAUGUUAUAUGGAUUGUUUAGAAAAUGCUGGUUGUUCUCAAAAUAUGAAAAAAAGUGAUAUCUGUAAUAUUUUAACUCACGAAUGUAAUCUCAAUUGCGAUAACUAA